AUGUCUGUGCGUUCCUGGCCAGUUCAGGGAGCUGGAAGUGUGGAUAAAUUGACGUCUAUUGAUGGCGAAAAGACGGCUACAAGAUCUGAGAUUGGUGACAGCCGAGCCACCAAUAAAUAUUGUUUCAGAGUUCCGAAUAAGGGAAACUAUUUGGACGGUGAAAAGUCAGAAAGAGCAAAGGCUUUAUAUGCUUCUCGAGCAGCAUAUGUUGGUAUUUUAACUAGAAUUGGAAGAGAGGUUGAAGCUCAUAAGAUGUCAAAUGGGAAACUUUAUGAUAUAGAGAAGAAAUUGGAAUCGUAUGACAACAAAAACAAAAUCCAAAGGAGGCUUGGAAAACAAUAA